CUACGGUGGCCCGCCACAGUCCACAAUCGGAAGCUCGGCCCGGCGAAUACAGGCACAGUUGCCGGCAGAACCACCGGCCUGCGUCCAGAAUGCCAUGAUGCGACGGGAUAAACAGCCGUUCACCUACACACCGGGCGGAAUCGAUCUGUCACAAAUCAAGUCACCCCGCAUGGCCAAACGGAUAUCGCGGAACGCCAACUCGGAAGGUGUUACAGGUCAGCCCAAGGUGUCACCAUUGGCUCAGAACAAUGGUAACGGCGCCAGCAAUGGCGGCAGCCACAAUCCAGUAUCGCCAGCGGCCACCCUGGGAGCCGCUGCCAUGGGUAUGCCCUUCCAGGUGUUCCCCACAGGACCGCCGGCCCCUCCGCCACCGCCACCGCCGACGCAGGGACGCGUAGUGCAGCCGAACGGUAACCGCUCGAUUCCUCCGCCUCCGCCACCGCCCGGACCAGCGGGUCCGGGAACGAUCGGCGAGUCCCGGAAGUCACCGAAGCCACAAGUAUUUGAACCGCCCCCGAUGGGUAUGCGGCCGGAAAUCAAGAUUCCCGCCAAUCCGCUGGCAAACCUGCGGAAGGCUCCGAGACCCCAGCCCAAGAACGACUACUGGAUCGAGGAGUACCGGCGGGAGAAACAGCAGGAUGGUGGCAACGGUGGCGGAGGAGGAGGUAGUAGCAUUCCCCGACCUGUCCCACCCAGUUACAGCUACCCCGGUCGAGAUCUGGACGAUGAAGUUGCUAAAAACACUGUCCACAAUCGCACAGACGAGCUCACCGUCCGAGGUGAACCAUUGGCACAGAAACGAUCACCAAGCCCAUCCAAUCUAACUAAAUCGUCGAUCAAGACGCCGCCGGUCUACGGCCAGAGUCCGGUGCCGGCCAAUCUUCCGCCCCCGAUCACCCCGACCAAAGUGUCCCCGGCACGUCCCGCAAGCACCCCGACACCCGGCGCCAAAGACUUACCGUCCCCACCACCACCACCGCCCGUGCUUCCCAAGCCCUCCGUUUCACCCGUGCCCAAGAGUCAGCCCACUAACAACAGCCACACGAUCACGAUCACCACACAGUCACCGGCCAAUGGGGUCGGCCGACCGGAACCGACAGCAGUCGUCGUCAGGAGCGGCGCCGACCUUGCAGCUCCUUCUCCACCACCACAAGUACCGACACAGAAACCAUCCCCCGGGGCCGUAUCGUCAUCGUCAGCAUCUUCAUCAUCCCCUACACAGAAACCCGCCCAGGCGCUGGGGUCACUCUAUAUCCCGCCGGUACACGAGGUGUUCGCCAAUAGUAAGCAAAGUCUCCUUACCCAAGCGAGUCCACCAUGGAUGUCGUCACGGCACAAUAGCCUGAAGGAGCAGCCCGAAUGGGUGCACCGGGACGAUCCGGGAGCGGGCGACGAGGCCGGGCGUGACGGGCGGCGCUCGCAGUCGCCACCUCGUACACCACCAGAGUCAGAGCCAGAGACAGAGCCUCGGCCACAGUCACAGCAGCAGCAGACACAGACAGCACAGGCGCCCCGUGAAAGUGGAACUAAAUCCGUUGAUUCUAUCGCCACAGCAGCGUCACCGGUCAACAGCACCGGUGCACGACCGUCUCCAGCGUCCUACCAGCUCACACAGCAGACAGCCCCGACACCGGGAUCGGCCAGCGCGGUUCGACCAUCGACGGAUGUGUCCGCAUCGCAGCAAUACGCCCAGCAACAGUUACGUGGCCAGGGACAGCAGCAACCGAAUAGGGUAGGGCCAGCGGUUGGGGUGUCUCCGGUCACGGUUACGAUGCCGGUGGCCCGUCCCUAUCAGCAGCCACACGGACCACCACAGGGACCACAGGCGUACUCGCAGGCGCAACCCGUCUACUCGCCGCAACCACCGACCACAGCAGGACCGCAAAAGGAACGUAUCAUACCGAUACAGAUCGAAAAGUCUCCUGUACAGUCGCCGGCGACGGCUCCCAGCUUUGCGCCACCACCGUACUACAGCCCCAGCGCAACCUACGGUCCCGGUCCUGCCAACAACGGCAACCCCAUGCAGUCCCCGGUGCCGCUAGGAUUCGCAACCCCGCACAGUGGAUUUACGACCCCGACCGCCAUGUUUACCAAUCCGAACCACUUCGUCAACCAAGGAUACAACAACAUCAGCUACCCGCCGACACCGACCGGACAGCCGAUCCAACCGAUCUACCAAGCCGCCCACCCGCACUAUCCUCCGCCGCUGCCACCGACACACCAUCAUCCGAUGCACGCGCAGCAGCAGCGUGUGCAACAGCAACAGCAACAGCAACAGCAGCAACAGCAACAGUGCGUGUCGAACGUGCGCAUAGUGCCGAUCAAGGUGGAGGCCACCGCCGCAGAGCAUACGGCCCGUGGCCCACUGGCCAACACACCAGCCAUCAUUCAGAGUGGUGAUCGUAGCUACAUCAUCCACGACAUCCCGCUAGAAGCUAAGAUUCGGUUUCUUAAAAAUAGACUCAGUGAUCCACGCAGUAGCAACAAUGCUCAGGCUUGGAACGGUAACAACGCUCCGAACCAGUCGCGCUCGUUCCGAGUGCUGCAGCAAAUUACCGACACUCUGGAAGAAUCCGAGGAGUCCGCGAAGAACGGAAGCAAGGAGCCGCAGCCAACGGCCGGCGAUCAGACCGAUGCGAAGCCGGGGUAUGGUCGGGCCGGCGUCAGGACUCCAACCGGCGGCCAGCAGCAGCAGCAGCAGCAGCAGCAGGAUCUGGGCGAUGGGCAGCUGCGCCGAUUGCAGCUCAGCAACGAAGAUAAGGCGCUGAUGAACAGAGUAAAAAAUCAAGUCGACGGAGAAGUUUAUCUCCAUAACGAAGAAGAUCCUCGCUACCGUGGUGCCGCCAUACCGUCCAAAGCGUUCCGGUAUCUGCAGAACAUGACCGACUCGAGCGGUCAGGCUGCGAACCAAAGCACUACUGGCUCUGGAAAUCGUGCCCAACAAAUGUUCAUGCCGAACCGGCCAAACUGCAACGAAUCAGACGGAGAUAAUCAACAGUCGCAACCGUACGUCCCAGCGAGCGAGCAAACGGUGGAGGAACCAAAGAAGUACACCGGGGGCUCCAUACCGAGCCGAUCGUUCAAGAUGCUGCAGGCGAUGACCGACGCGCCAGCCGAUCCAAAUUCCUCAGACACUGAGGGCCAAGCUACUAGUGUCAAGCUGCAGCGUCACUGCAGCGGCACAGAGAUUCGAUACUCGCCCUACCCCUAUCCGCCGCAACCCUACUACUGUUGCACCCCCAAUUGGCACCACUACUACGAUCCCACUAACCCCCAGUAUUAUCCCCCGCACCAUCCCCACCACCACCCCCCACCGCCCCAUGGUGCCCCUGGUUAUUACUAUGGCCAUCCGCCUGGGCCGCCACCGCCGCCACCGCCACCGCUUCCGCCGGGUCUGUACGAUCGCGGUGGUGGUGGGGGCGGCGGCUACUACGGCGGCUACAUGUCUCCGCACCACUUCUACUACGCGCAAGAACCGUGCUCCCCGUGUACGCCACCCCCGUACUACCAGAUCAGCCAGCCUCAGACGGCGUACUGCGAGGCGAUCCCUCACGAGGCGAUCCAUACGUACGUCAUCACGACGCCACCGCCGCGUAUAGUCGUCACACCGACACCGGCCAUGACGGAUGACUCCUGUUCCGAUAGCGAGCUGCAGCGCAAGGAACAGUUGGGAGAGCUCCACGACGUGCCCUGCGAGGUGUUUACCGACGGCAAUGGCGGCCAUCAUCCGCUCGUGCGCUCGAGGUCCAGUUUACAGCGGUUGUCCGAGCGCCUGGCCGACCUGUCACCUUCGGCCGGCCAGCCAGUCCGUUGUUCGCCUUGUAGUCCGCUGAACGAGCGGUACCGGACCUACGAGGAGAGUACCUCGUCGUCGGUGCCUUCGUCUCAGUCUGAGGCUUCAGACUCGGAAGACGAAGGCACCCAGCGUCGCUCGAAUGGGCACGCCCCGGGCAAGGUGGCCGCGCAGGUGGCGACGGAAACGGAAGAGGACGACAACGAGGACGAGGAAGAUGAAGAGGAAGAGGAUGAGAGUGAAGAGGAGGACACGGCACAGACGGCAGCCGCCGCCACCGAGGAGCACCUGCCACAUCAGCUCAGUGUGAUCUUCGAGGAGGAGAGCAUGUACGGCCAGUCGACGGUGGCCAGCAGCCGGAGAGCUAGCGUGUGUAGUAAUAGUUCCACGCUCAGCGAUUGCUCCUCCACACUGGCCAACGAUCUGGACGAUGACGACGGAGAAGAAGCCGCGCUGGGUGGAGGUAAUCGGACCGAUGACGACAUCGAUCGGAUGGACGACGCCGACAUGGAACGGUCCCUGGUUUCGGUGCGCCUUCCGCUGAAGCUAUCGUUCAGCAAGUCGCCCAACAACGAGGACAUUGCGACGCUCGUCGUCGGAGAGAGCGAAAUUACGGGCUCGAAAGAAACGUUGGCUAAAACAAAGCGCCAACCGGAACCGGAAGUUACCGACCGGGAUGACAGUGGUGACGAAAGCGAUACGGAAGAGUCCGACAGCGAGUCCGACGACAGCGAGGACGAAAGGGAAUUGAAGAAGGAAGAGUGCGCCCCGACUCCGGAUGCAGUCAACAGUGCGGAUGUUACGGUCACGAUCACGAUUCCUUCACCGGCCAGCAAAAGCAAGUCCGGUAGUGACCAGGGAGGCUCCGGAAUUAGUGGCCGCACGCUGAAAGCAAAUCCAGACGAGUCUGCGAAUCCUCCGUUCAAAAUAGACUAUGAAGAGGCUUCCGAGGUGUCAGUGUCGGUUUCGUUGCCCUUGAAGCCCAAACUCUGCGCGGAGAUCGUGGGCGAUGGGAAGUCAAGUGACAGAGGGCCGUUGGAAACUGUGGAACCGGAAGUAGCGAAUGACCAGGAACAGGAUGAGGAGGAAGAGGUAGAUUUCUGGAGUCAGAUCGGUGACGACGAGGACGACUACCAGCGGCCAGUACGUUCGUACUCGCGGGACAUGUGGAGCAGCAGCCGAGAGUUCAGUGUCGAUCGGCAGAGCCCCGCCGAGGACGACGAAGACGAAGGAAGCACCACGGGCAUGACCGAGUUCUGGAGUGCGGAAAAUGUUCCAACGGAAGCGGUGGACCCGUGGAAACACACCGUACUGGAGGCCGUGCCGAGUGACGUAGCUCCAAGGGAGCAGAGUGAGUUCCAGGAUUCGCUCGAGUACUGGCAGAAGGAAAACGAACGUUUGGUGAAAGAUUUGUACGAAAGCCGAAGCAAACAAUCGAGCGCCCUGGCGAUGGACGAGAAUAACAAUAGAUGGGCAACAGUGGAGAACACGAAACAAGAGGAACCUCAGGUAGCGAUUGCUUUGGGGAAUGCAGCGACAGAGCCCCCCUGUGAAGAGGAAGGUUCCGAGUCGGAAAGUGAAGAGGACAGUGAAGAGUACGAGACGUCCAACACGUCGAAGGAGAAGCCGGAGUUCGAACAGGAAGCGAACCAGCAGAAGGCAGUCUCGGCAGACCCACAAGUGAAGGACGUCGAAGAGAAACUGUGCAAUGGUUUGACCGGGGACGGUGCUGCAAGUGAAAAACUAGAUAAGGAUAAGAAGCUGUCGGUGAAGGAGAGAAUAUCGCUGUUUGAAACGCAGUCCAUCCAGAGCACUGCGCCAGAGGUACUGCGCGCUACGCCAACGCCUGUCGCGGCCAACCGGUUGAGGCCGCCGUCGCGACAGCGGCUGUCGUACGAUGAGUCCGAAGCGGAGGACGACUCCGGCGUAACGUCGGACAUCAGCAAGCACAUCUCGGAGGUCGAGACGGACUCCGAGUGUUUCCCGGAGAUGCGCAAGAUGACCCGGUACCAGCGGGCGGCCACACAUUCCAGGUUAUUCAAGCUUUUGCAGGACGAAAGUAACAACGGUGAUAGUGAGAACGAGGAAGAGGCUAGUGGCGCUAGAGGUAGCGAAGCAGCACGAGACGAAGGAGUCAAGUUGAAGGACCGCCCAGCGCCCUCUGGUGGUGCGAAGAGUGAGCGAACGCACCAGCAAGUACCGGCAGGCGAUCUGAAGCUGGCUGAAGAAUCGCCCAACAUGGCCCCGGUCGCUACACCGACCGAUGGGCGACGCGAUCGUCUCACGUUGCCGAUCAGCAAGCAGUCGUCGUCCGGCAACGACAGCCUGUCGUCCUCGACCUCAUCGACGUCUCCUGUAUCAGGAAGCUUACACAACGAGAAGCUUGCCGAAGAGCUAGUACAAAGUUUGUUGAUGAAGAAAAAGGGUCGUCUGUUCCGCAACCUGCCGCUGGAGAAGCUGCACGCCGCCGCCCUGAAGAUCCUGCAGGAGGACCUCGAGUCGAACGGUACGAUCAGCUCGACGGAGGACAACCUCGCUACGGUGGACUCGACGCCGGCCCUGACGCCGCAGGAGUUCAAGGCCGAGUACCCCAACUCGUACGCCGACUAUUACGACACGUGGAACAGCGGUGACCUGGCGAACACGGGCCCCGGAUACCCGGACAACGGCUCCGACAGUGGUAUCGGUGGUAUGGUGAAGCUGUUCCGUACCGUGCCCGAGCACCAGUUGCGUGAGGCCCGCAAGGAUUCGCGAAUGGCCAAUGGCGGCGGUGGCUCCUGGUCACCACGGUGUCCGCGGGUGUUCAGCAACAAGAACGUUCCGCGACUGGCGGAAGUACGGGAAGCGGAGAUACCCGAGUCGCCCCGCGGAUCGCGGCCACCAUCGCGGGCAUCCAACAACCGAUCCCCCUGUAUCCUGCUCGCCGGCCCAGUGGAAGACUAUCCGCACCGCAACACUGCCAUCAGACAGUUCAAGUUACAGUAG